GAGAACGAAUCCGAGCGCGCGCGUGGCCCCUUCCCCCUCUCGGGUACGGCGCCCGGCAGCGGACACGCGAGCCAUGGACGCGAACACGGAGGCGGGCGCCGCCGAGUUGGAGUGCGGCAUCUGCUACCUGCCCUACGACCGCCAGGCGCGCGCCCCGCGCCGUCUCGGGCCCGCGCACGGCGCCUGGCGCCGCCCCGCCCCCUGCCGCCACGCGCUCUGCACCGCCUGCCUCUGCCGCCUGGCGCGCGACCAGGGCUGGGAGAAGGUCACGUGCCCCUUCUGCCGCACCCUCACCUCGCUGCGCGUGCGCGGCAGGGGCGGGGAGGCGGGGACGAGGUGGCGGAGCAGCAGCAGCCGGCGCCGCCUGGCCCUGCCCCCCGUCGACCCCGAGCUCUGGAAGCGGAUUGGCCGGCGGGAAGGAGCGGGGAAGCCGGAGGAGGCGGCACCUGGCGAUGACGUACCGGAGGAGGCGGGCCAAUCGCGGCUGUGGCGGGCGCUGAAGAAGCUCUUGAGAGGAGGAGGGGGUGGCGGCAGCCGCAGUAGCGCGCGGGAGCAGCAGCCAAUCAACCCCUACGGUCCAGAGAUGAAGGACCUCGCCCUCAUGACCUGCUACAUCAUGUGAGGCUCCAAGGGCUAGACCCAAGAGCUGGGGCUGGCUUUUCGUCAAAAGGCUUUGAAUGCUCUUGGGAGAAACCAGCUCUUCUCCCCCCCCCCCCCCCCCCCAGUGCUGGCUGUGCUUCCCCUCCAGGCAGGUAGUUACUGACUGUCCGGUCUCAUCAGACUCCAUCAGCUCUAUGGGACUCUACCAUAGCACUGGAGCUAGAGUUCCUGGUUCUCAUUAACCUGCAGAAAGAUUCACGAGGCACCCGGGAUUGAUGUGAUCGCCUGCGGCCUUGACUCAUCACUGCUCAUCUCUGUUGGAGCACGGAGACUUGACGGGGGCUGUCGGGUCGAAUCAGCAGCAGAUAGGCAGAGGUGUCCCUUCCUGGAGAUCUCUGAACACCUGUCACCAUGAGGUCUGGUGGCUGAUCAUUUUGGAGGCUGGCAUCCCAACAGCUUGUCUGGUCCUGACAUCUUCAGCCCCUGAAAUGCCUACGUGUCUGGCUCUUCCACUCUCCACCUCUCUCUGCCAUAUAAAAUGCCAGCGAUGCCACUGACCUACCUACCAGCAGAUACUGUAAAUAUCUCUGGUGGAAAGUCCUGUACAGGCAAAAUCUGAGCCUCAAGUAUUAACGGAUUCAGACAGCAAGGUUAAGUCUGUGUACUAAUGAACUAGUUAAAAAUACCCCCUCAAACCCAUGACCUCUUUCUCUGCGAAUCCCAAUGAAAAGCCUAUUGCUGUGGUGGUGUUGCCAAAUUAUCUGCCAACCCUUAUCCUUUACCAUUGCACAAGUUAGCAGCCCGAUCUGCAGGCAGAAUUCCUGUCUGGCCCCAGUUCCGGAGUGCUGCAUGUGACUAUAUUGCAUGAGGCAAGGAUUUCAGAUAAAGAGGCUGGCUUCUUGGUGCUCUCUGCUAUUGUAGCAUUUCUGUGAAAUGAAUUUAAAUAUUGAAGGGUUGGAAAUGGAGAAUGUCUGCAUCUGUUGUCUUUAAUAUUUGACUACUGUAACUUAUAUUUAAUUUUAAUAAAACCUGAGAUGUCAACGUUUA